GUCAAUCUGCUUCACUUUCACUCACUUUCCUCGUGCUUUCCUCGCUAACAUACGCCUUGAAAACUGUUCUUUACUUCUUCUUCUUCUUUUUUUGUUUAUCAUCUGAUUUAAUAUUUUCGGUCAUUUCCGUUCUUCCAACAAUUUUUUUUUAAUUGCAGUUGGAUUCUUUUUUUUGGCAGUUGAUUCAUCCUCUAAAUCUUCUCAGGUCAAUGUAGCUGGGUUUUUCUCCUAAAUUACAAUUUUCGUUUCAAAUUCGGGGAUUUUGCUAUCAAACUAUGUAGUUGAGGAUCCUGGAGCCUUUGUAGUAGUAGUAAUAAUAAUAAAACCCUCUUUCUACAUUUACCGGGCUUAGAUUGAAAUCUCCUGUUUUAUUUAUUUAUUUUUAUUUUUGCGUUUCUAGCAUUAUUGUCACAAGGUGCUCCUUUUUCUUCUUUUGGUCAAAAACUUAGGUUCAUUUUAUUUUAUUUUGAGGCUUUUAUCCCCGCUGUUUAUUCAAGCAAAGAGUUUUUUUCCCUUAUUUCCUUUAGUUGAUUUAUUGGAAGCUUGGAGUUUUCAGUUUUGUAAGUCGAGUUUUGAGAGAGUGUUGGAUUAGUGGGUAAUAAGUGCCGAAUUUGACACAGAUCUGAGUUAAAAUAACCUACAUUAAGCUCUUUGGGGGUAUUGGGUAUUGUUAAAGAAAAUUGUUCUCUUUUGUUUUUUCCUGCUUGAGAAUGGAUCAUGUGAUUGGUGGUAAGUUCAAGCUUGGAAGAAAGAUUGGCAGUGGCUCUUUUGGAGAGCUUUAUUUGGGGGUAAAUGUGCAAACUGGAGAGGAAGUUGCUGUCAAACUGAAUUACAAACCUUUGGACUUGAAUUGCUUUAGAUUUUGGGCAUAUGGCUAGAAAAAAAAUGAUCAAGAGAAUCUGCAAAGACCAAGCAUCCUCAGCUUUAUUAUGAGUCAAAAUUGUAUAUGCUUCUUCAAGGAGGAACGGGUAUUCCCCAUCUCAAGUGGUUUGGAGUUGAGACGGAUUACAAUGUCAUGGUAAUUGACCUUCUUGGACCUAGUUUGGAGGAUUUGUUCAACUACUGCAACAGGAAACUUUCCUUAAAAACAGUGUUGAUGCUUGCUGAUCAAAUGAUUAAUAGAUUAGAAUAUAUGCAUUCAAGAGGCUUUCUUCACCGUGAUAUAAAACCUGACAACUUCUUGAUGGGCUUAGGACGCAAGGCAAAUCAGGUAUAUGUCAUUGACUAUGGUCUUGCAAAGAAGUAUAGGGAUCUUCAGACUCAUAAGCACAUCCCGUACAGAGAAAACAAGAAUCUCACUGGCACAGCUCGUUAUGCAAGCGUUAGUACUCACCUUGGAAUUGAGCAAAGCCGAAGAGAUGAUUUGGAAUCCCUUGGUUAUGUGCUCAUGUAUUUCCUGAGAGGAAGCCUUCCCUGGCAGGGGUUAAAAGCUGGUACAAAAAAGCAAAAGUAUGAUAAGAUUAGUGAAAAGAAGGUAUCGACUCCUAUUGAGGUUCUUUGUAAGUCAUAUCCGUCUGAGUUUGUGUCUUAUUUUCAUCACUGCCGAUCUUUGCGGUUUGAAGAUAAACCUGAUUAUUCAUAUUUGAAGAGGCUUUUCCGAGACUUGUUUAUAAGAGAAGGUUAUCAGUUUGACUAUGUCUUUGACUGGACUGUAUUGAAGUACCCAAAGAUUGGUGGCAGCUCCAGAGGGCGGCAUUCCAGUGGAAGGGCAGGUUUAGCUGCUGGACCAACCAUUGAAAAACCCGAAAGAAUCUCAGUGGGAAGAGAGAUUCGGGAUAGAUUCUCCGGUGCUGUUGAAGCAUUUUCCAAAAGAAAUAUUUCAAGUACCAGUCCUCAUCUUGAUCAUUCUAGACACAAGACUGUUGAUGAUGGGGCUUUGUCAAAGCAUGCGCUCCCUGAUUCAGAUAAAAGACGCAGUUCUUCUCGAUAUGGUAGCACUUCAAGAAGAGCUGUAGUAGCAAGCAGGCCUAGUUCAUCCGUUGAAGCCAACGACGCACCACAAAACCGACUAACAUCAAGUGGUGGCCGCAUGUCUACCACACAAAGAAUUCAACUUGCCUUUGAAUCUAAGACAUCUAGCCGAGCCACUCCUGUUAGAGGAAGCCGUGAUGAUCAUCCUCUUAGAAGUUUUGAGCUCCUCUCGAUUAGGAAAUAAUGGCAUUGAAUGUCAAUCCUGACUCGAUGUUUCCAAGAACUUAUAUUCUCACUCUGUAUAUGGGAUAUCUCACCAGAUUCACUGCCCCUACAGCUCAUUUAACUUGCCUUACCCCAUUGCCAACAUUUUUUUUCUCAAGAUUGUCUCCCACCAGAAGUGUAAUGUGUUUUAAACAGCAUGAAAGAGAACUUGUGUAUCGGAAAUUCGGAACUCAAUUUGUCAUAUGCAACCUGAAUAAUGGCUGCAAUAUGAUAUUGUUCCAUCUGUUUUUUUCCCUUUGUCAUGAAAAUUAAACCACCAGCAUUUGGUAAUUGUUGCUGGUUUUUAAA